AUCACUUCUAAUAAGCUCAAUGAGCAUAUAUUUAGAAAUGUUUUCACCAUUGUAGGAUCCAAUACCAAAGGAAAGGUCUUCUGUUGACUAAUCUUUCGUUUAUUUUUCAUUUUUUCGCUUUCAUAUUUUUUUUCUCUAUAUAUAAAUCUUCCUCUAAACCUAAACAGAUCAUCGUCCAAAAUACAAAAAGAGUAACCAAAAGAAAAAAAAUGGCUUGUCACAAAAUUUUCCUUGUAAUAUCUCUAAUGCUCGCUGUCUCAUUGGUCAGUGCAGUUGACUUCUCUGUUGUCGACAAUACUGGCGACUCUCCUGGAGGAAGGAGAUUCCGGAAUGAGAUCGGCGGCGUGAGUUAUGGCGAACAAUCACUGAGAGAUGCAACGGACUUCACGUGGCGUUUGUUCCAACAAACUAACCCUUCAGACAGAAAGGACGUUACAAAGAUCACACUCUUCAUGGAGAACAGUAACGGCAUAGCAUACAGCUCGCAAGACGAGAUACAUUACAACGCGGGAUCUCUCGUGGAUGACAAAGGAUAUGUAAGGAGGGGAUUUACCGGGGUGGUUUAUCACGAGGUGGUCCAUUCUUGGCAGUGGAACGGUGCAGGUCGGGCUCCGGGAGGGCUUAUCGAAGGGAUCGCGGAUUACGUGAGGCUGAAAGCGGGUUAUGUUGCGAGUCAUUGGGUGAGGCCUGGUGGUGGUGAUAGGUGGGAUCAGGGUUACGAUGUCACCGCUAGGUUUUUGGAGUAUUGUAACGAUUUGAGGAAUGGAUUUGUGGCGGAGCUGAACAAGAAGAUGAGGAGUGACUACAAUGAUGGCUUCUUUGUUGAUUUGCUUGGGAAAGACGUUAAUCAACUCUGGAGAGAGUACAAGGCCAACUAUGGUCAAUGAAUACAAAGUAUAAUAAUUUAAUUUAAGAUAUAAAAUAGUAUGCUAUAAAAAUAAUACGUUUAUAUAAGAAAUAAAUAUACUAUGCUGUCCUUUGAUGGUGUUGUAAGUUUCCAUUGGAAAAUGGAUAUACCUAUUGAUGUAUUUUUUUUUAAAAAGAGUUGAUAUUAUUGUUA